GAUUGCAGAGUUCUCAUUAACUGUCUCCAGACUUGUGGUAUUUUACUAGCAAAGAGAUUUCUACUUCUAUCCAACGUAGGCUUAUUCAAUUCCAGCAGCUAUUUUAAAGAUUCCUUUUUCAUUUAUGGAUGCUUUUCUUUGGAUGGUUCUUACAUAUUAUGUGAUUGGUUAUAGUCCUGAACCAGAAAGGUUUCUUCAACAACUCAUAACCCUUUUCCUCCUUCAGGUAUUAGUUGAGUUUUGAAAUUGCAUGAAUGAUGAAACAUUAUAUUCUCAGUCAUCCAAACUCUCAUACAUGUGCUUUUUCUUUUGUUUAUACAUUUAUACAUGUACUUUAUACACAUAUACCUAUCAGACAGUCAGACUUAGGUCCUUCUUCUGGUGUCCGACCCUUUAUUAGGAACCAAGUCUAAUUAAAUGUUAAAGUACCCUUUGAAAAAUUAACUAGUUUCACAGAUUAAUUUAAAAGCCAACUAGGUUUCUUGCAUUUUUUCAUAUCUUCUGUCGUCCUGAUUAGGUUAUCCAUUGGGGACUUGAACACAAGAUUUGUGCAAGAAGUUUUUAACUGUCCCUAUAUUUUUUGUCGAUUUGCUUGAACAAGCUUAAUCAUAAGCCAUCUUGAUCUGUUGCUUAGUGAAUGAUAGAAAAUCUUAAAUAUGAAGUGCUGACAGAUCGGUGUGGCUUAUGAAGUGCCCGCCGGUAGUGGCAAGGUCGUUUCAGAGUCAUGCUUUUUCCUCGGAUACUCAUCCGGUGGCUAAAGUCGUUCUAUCUCUCGAUCCACUCCGAUCUGACGAUCCCUCUUCUCUUCAGGUGCUCAUAAUCUGGCUUCAGCUUACCUUGAAUUUGUUACCUUUGUGAAAUUCCUGAUCCGCAAAUGCUUUAUUUUGAAUUUGUUUGAAUCUUGUUUGGAUUCUAGUAUCAUAAUAGAAAACCCUAGCUUAUUGAGAGUGGAGCAUUGUUGCUUAAAAGGUAAUGGUGAUUGACCUUGAGUUUUUAAUUUGAAUAUUCGUGAAGAAUGUUCAUGAAUCAUAGGUACAAAGGAUUCAAUUUACGCUUGAAGACUCCAUGUAGAAUGAAUAUAGUUUCGAUGUCGUCUUUGCCUUAUAAUUAUUGUAUUAUAUUUGUUAGAUUUCUCUCUUUAUGAUAUAAAGAUGCCUAAUUGAAGACUUAAGUUGACUGAAGGUACAUCAGACAGGAAUCUUUUUCAGGGGAAGAAUAUCACAUAAUUUGUUUACAAUUGGUGAUGCCUCUGUUGUUAUUCUUUCUGGGAAGACUUCUUUUAUUGUGUCCCCUUUUCUUACACAUUUAUUCAUUGAUUGGCAGUUUACAAUGGAAAUGGCUGCUACUGAGACAUCACAUGUUCC